GUCUCUGUGGCGGCGUCACUAUCGGUUGCCCCCGGGAGAUGUGCGCGCACAGUCGCGACCCCAGUGACCGUUCGGCGGUGCUCCGAAGCCGCUCGCUUGCCAACCCUGGGCCCCCGACGAACCGAGAUAGUAACGCGUCUGGCCGCUUGUGCUGGAAUCCGAGGCAUCCCGCAACCCUGUCCUGGACUCUUCUGGAAAGGGCGGCGAUGCUUCGCCGUCGUCGUCGGGGACACUCCGCAAGUGCUCUUCGUAUCGUGGUCGUUUAACCGUUGGUCCUUGUUGAAGCGGAACUUCGAAUUGAAACCCCGUGCCGCGUGUUUGAGAGUGGAACGUUCCGGAGCCCAACCCCGUGCCUUCAACACCGUGCAGCCGCUUUUCAGUUCCCAAUCGACAGAACACAUUCUUCACUCUACGUGGCCGUCAAGGAUUAUGCGCAACUUUUAAAGCUGAACAACGAGCUUAGCGUGACAUACUCCUGCACUUCCAAGUCUAACAUCAAAGUGUUUCUUUGUCUACGCUUGAAAAACUCCUUCAAGAACCCAUGUGGAAUAUCAACCGCGUCUGGAGAAGUCUUAUAUAGGUACAACCCGUGAAUAUUCUUGGAUCUUGAAGCCUCUACAGAAGCUGUAGUGACGAGCGAAGUUUGUGAGAUUGUGCUGGCGUGCCCAAUUUUGUCGCUCCGGGGUGCUUUUUCGUUCUGGUGCCUUGUCUGAUUAGCGAAAGGAAGGUUGGCGCCCUUUUAAUCCUGCAUGUCAUUAAGCCUGAACAAAGGUCCAUCGCUGAUAUGCCAACUUAGAUACGGCAGAGAUAUUUGAGUGGUCCAAGCGUGACAACAGUGUGCUGAUAGCAUCCCACGUGCCACGUCUCAUGACGACUGUAUAGCUAACCGAUAUACUAUCAGUGAUUGAAUAAAAAGUAUAGGCACUUGAGGGUGCUUUGAGAAAAUUGUCGGCUUGUCGGCUUGUAUCACACUGAAUAUUCCUACUACAUAUGUGGCGGGCCAAUAGGUCAAAAGGUACCGCGUUAUUUUGGCAGCCUAUUCAGUUGGCACCUACGGUAAAGCAACGUUUCUGUGAGUGACGUCACAUGUGCUGUGCUUGAAUCAUCCACUUCGCCAACGUGUGCACUCUGCGUGUUCAUAAGGGAGCCACGGUGAUUGAGCUCUCGGAACGGAGCGCGAUCGCAGGAAGCUGCAUUUCAGGACUUUUUGUGCCUCGGGUUGAAAAAAGAGUGGCAGUCGGGAAGCAAGACAAAACUUAUAAUCAAAAACAUUCAACUGUGAGUUCAGAGCCUGCAGCACCAUGUUCGUCACAGCCCACCAACUUUUACCACGUGUGUUCGUAGUGCCCCUGUAGGAGCACGUCAAAGUGUGGUGCAUUUCAGACCGACCACUACUUCAGUUCCGUCAAGAUUCACAACUUCUUGAGCAUCUACUUAUACUCAAUGCGUGUGCUAAACUGAGAGCGACACCUUCUGUCAGUUUCAUCAAUCAUCAAGUACAGCAACUUCGACAAAACAUCAAGGACGACAACUUCUUCUGCAUUGACUACACGCUGUUCCUCAACAGAAAUGUAAUUUCAAACUAUCGGGAGCCAUAUAAAAUGUGUAUUUUGGAACCUUAACUUCGUGAGCAUUUCAGGAAGUGUGCCUUCUACUUGCAAUUGUAGGCUUGAAGAGUUCUUCUCACCAAGGUUACAAACAAUCGACAGUCGCAGUGGGCCAGCGCAUCAGCAUACUGCCAUAAGUAUAUAAAACUUCUCACCAGCAGCUGCAAAGAAGGAUAAAUAUUGGACAAAGGCCACAAGCAUUUAGGACAUUUGCUGUAUUGUGGUCCAAAGAACCAAAGACCGCAGGUCGUAAGAAAUAAUUUGAAAGUCCUGCAAAAGGCAGCAGCAGAAGCAGCCUUGAUGGAACUAGGUCCCGUUUCGACGAUGAUGUACGGUGACCGCUGGUCUGACUGUACGUACAUGCCCGACACCAUGGGUCUGCAGCCGGGACCAUGUGGCAGUGGCCAGGAGUCGCAGCUUCUGGAGGACACCCUUGAUUAUCGCCCGCACUCGUUCCUCGGAGCCAACGGACAGUCCCCGGUCUUACCUGGAGGCGGUGGAGGAGGUACCUCGGUCGGAGGUGGUGCGGUCGGCAGCGGCGGUGUUUCGGCGGCUGACCUGUGCGGCGGCCCCGCUGGCGGUUGGACCACGUCCGGACAUGUCCACGGCUGCAACCCCGCCACGGGCGGCCUGGGCCAGGACCUGGGAGCGUCCCCGUACUCCCUGCACUACGGCGGAGUGUGCCCGGACACCGCGUACCGGUGGCUCCACCCGACGCCGGACAUGCUGUCGUACGGCGCCCUUGCCCUGGGCUCGAUGGGCGGCGGAGGCAUGGACGCAUUGCAGGGUCAGCUUCCUAUGGGUUCGGACCCAUCGCCGCUCCUCUCGGAGGCCGGCGAGUUGGGCGAACCCCCCGCGCUCGCGGCCUCACCCCACCAGGAGUCGCCAGCGUUGCCCACCGGGAGCACGCCGCUGGUGGCGCCCUCCUCCGUGUCUCCAGGAUCUAUGAGACCUCUCCUGGGACCGGCGAGCCCCAACGACUCAGAGUCAUCGAAACCCUCAGUGGAUCUCGCGGUGGACGACUCAAACAGCGAGGACGAGGACGGCUCCGACCUCAAGGGCGACGACCUCGGGGUGGGCGGCGCGCAGAACCGCGACGGUGGGUCCUCUGGUCCCGGCUCCCAGCAACAACCCCAAAAGAAACGGAAACGUCGCGUGUUGUUCUCCAAGGCACAGACGUACGAGCUCGAGAGGCGUUUCCGGCAGCAGAGGUAUCUGUCCGCUCCCGAACGCGAGCACCUGGCAUCCAUCAUCCGGCUGACGCCGACGCAGGUGAAGAUAUGGUUCCAGAACCACCGCUACAAGACGAAGCGCGCCCGGCAGGAGAAGGGCCUGGACGGGUCGGCCGGCGCCGGCAACCCGCUGCCGUCGCCUCGUCGGGUUGCGGUGCCCGUCCUGGUGCGGGACGGAAAGCCCUGCCAGCCCGGAUCGCUCAAGGACGGAACCUCGUCCGUGCUGCAACCGCCGCCGGGGGCGCCGGUGCCGUUUCCCGGCGACCUGGGCUCGGCGGCAGCGGCGGCCGUGGCCACGUGCAUGGGAUCCUUCGGAGGGAGCGUGAUGCCCACCUACUCGCAUCCGAUGAUACCGCCGCAACCGAGGUGGUGGUGAACGCCUGGACAGAGGACGUGUCGCGAGGUGGACGGAUUGAUCGCGAGACGAACCGAGUGACGGCCACCCCGCCACCGUGGCGACGUGCGAACUGCGUGCGGUCCGGGAGGCCGCGGGACAGAGCCCCGCCAACAGCGAGCCGCCAGCGUGUUUGGCUCGCCCCUCCCCUCAACGUGGACCGAACGGAGUACGAGACCGAGCAGACAGACACUCGCGGUUGCAACCACUGCCCUGACUCGACUCCAGAGUUCGUGGCAGAGACUGAGGCUGUUAGUGCGUUAGUGUGUGGUGGUUCGUAGUUUCACAUGACGUGGAGCGAAACGCGCAGUGAGCCGAUUCAGCAGUGAUGACGCGCCUCACGGUGACCGUGAGUCCGGAGUGCGGGACUGAUAACCUCAACUGGAUAUCAUCGUUGGAAACAAAUCUUAGUGACAAAAAAAAGUUAGCGAUGGCCCCUUGACAUUGAUGUCACACCCAGUCCGAAAGAGUUCCAGACCUUCGGUGUGUUGCUAAUUUCGUCUAUUGAAAGAGGUGUCAGAGUGUGUACGCCCCUUGGUCCGAUGCUGUGUUCACAAAGAAUGACAGCGCCCCCCGCCCCCCCGACCCCCACCCUGACGAUUCUCGUGAGAAUGCGUACGGAGAGACGGAAAACUCGAGAUGAUACGGAGGUGCCUCCGUGGACUACAGGAGUGGUGAAUUCGAUGUGCGUUGACGAACACAUUCUCGACAAAAGCUCUCCGCCUGGCCCUGCAUGAAGCGGUGGAGUGCAAAAUGGCUGCCCCUUUCGACAACGUGACAUUGUCGUGUCGACGUGUACAGAGAACGUUGCGUAAAAAAAAAAAAAAAGCUGGCGCUCUUCCUCGUAUUCCAGGAGUGGUGCCAUCUUCUGGCCGCGAUUGGUACCGCCUGGGAUUCAUCCCUUGCACAUAUGUGGUGGAGAAGUUUGUACAGUCUUACAGCUGCAUGCCGAGUGUCGCGUGGGGCGCAACCAUGGAAGACAGACCAGUGGUAAUCGCCAUGUUCACGAGUGCGCCGAAAUGGAUGUAAUACCGAAGGUUGUCCUGCACUUUCGAACAAUGGAACGCACCGCGUGCGCUACGGAGGGGUGACGAUGUCGACUGAGGACGUCACUAAGCCUACACAACCACGACGCAGCGUUGGGCUGUAGCGGCCCCCUCUGCAACAUUGAAUUUGUCUUGAAGACACUGUGACACCAGCGUUCAGCGCGCGAGAAGGUUUUUCUUUCGCAUUUUAGGAAAGAUAAUCUUACGCGCGUUACUCGUGCGCUUUGGAAAAAUGGGAUUCGCGCUCAGGCAAAUUCUCGCUACCACCUUCCAUUUCCACAGGCUUGCAGUUGCUACUGUCGUUGCGUAAUGUAUGGUGUGACAGCCUCUUUGAUGGUUGGCGGAGUUGAAGGAACUAUGUACACUCUGUGUAGUCGAGCGUAUAGGGCGUCCAGCUUAGAUUCAAUAUUUUCCGUCUCAAGUCCUCGUGCAGGCA